AUGACGAAAACCAAUUUAGAAGUUGGAAUGAAGUGCAUUAAAUAUAUGCUGUUGUGUAUAACGGCUAUAUUUGUGCUAACAUCAGCGCUAAUAAUCUCCGUGGGUACUACCAUCUACGCAAUCUACCACGAUGUGUCCUUCUUCCUGGAAGACAGGUUCUUCUCUCCAGCCAGCUUCGUCAUCGCCAUCGGUAUCAUCAUGCUGUUCGUCUCACUCUUCGGAUGUAUCGGCGCACUGAAGGAGAGCACCUGCUUGGUCAAUAUUUUUGCAGUCAUCCUCAGUCUGGUGUUCGUCCUGGAGAUCGCAGCAGCUAUUGCAGCGUACAGCCUCCGGUCGCAGGUGACAGGUAUGCUGGACGAGAACCUGAGGACCACACUGCCCUACUACUAUUACAACGAGGAAGUCCGAGGGUCUUACGACUUCAUUCAGAGCAGGCUGAGCUGCUGCGGAGUAGACAGCUACGCUGACUGGAGCGUAGUGACCCCUCCACCUGGAGUCUCAACCAUCUCCACCAACAACAUCACCGUCCCCAACUCCUGCUGUGCCGAGGCCCAUUUCGACAUCGUUGACGGCAUUGAAGUCGAUGUCUGCACAAAGGUCUACAGCAACGGCUGCCUUCCCAGAAUGUUCUACUUGGUAUACCAGAGCGCUGGUCUUUUGGGCGCUGGAGCCAUGACCAUAGCUUUCAUUCAGAUUAUUGGCAUUGUGUUCUCGUUCUCACUGGCCAGUUCCAUCCGUAAGGCAAAAUCCGAACGCGAACGCAGACGUUGGGAAAUUCAAGAACGUAUGAUCAACGCGUACACCUCGCUCAACCCCAGCGAUGAGAAAAAAGCACCCGUUGUCUAUGUCCCAUUCCAUGGACAAACUACCGCUUAA